UUACAAUGAAUAUGAUCACUUAUAUCAGUCUGAUAUACUCACACUGUGUCCAUUCCUAACAUUCCACCGACUGAACGUAAACAAAAAUAUCGUCAGAGUAAUAACACCAUUACUUGUUGAUGACAUUUUGGAAUCGCGCACAAUUAACGAUACUUUCAUUUAAAUUAUCCUUUAAGUAAUUCUUUUGAACGUGAACUGUGAAUCGAUUACGUAACCAACCGUCGAGUAAUAUUCAUAUAGGAAAAAAGUGUUUAAAAUAACUUGAACGAGCGGAAUCACAGUUUGAAACAAAGGCAGAAUAAUAAUAUCGAAAUUUUUGAAAUUAUCGAUUUCGUGAACGACCAUGAUGCUGGAAUAUACGAACGAAUACAACGGUUCGUUUCUAUCCUGCGGGAAGCUUAAAGAAAUAUCAACUGUCUUAAAAGAAGGAAGAACUAUUCAAAGCAGGGUAAUGAAUUUUAUUCUGACGAUAAUCAGCUAUAUAGUCCUGAAAAUCGACGAUCGAAGUCGCCUCCAUGAAUUUACGGACAUAUUCGACGACAGAUAUUUGCAAAUCUUAAAAAACGACCUAGAAAACCUUAUGCAUUUCAAGACCAAAUUUUUCAACUUGUUAAUCUUGGAAUUGUUAUUGGAAACUGUCAAGAAAGAGAACAAUUAUCGAAACAGACGUCUUAAACUGAAUGCGGCCGUGGAUACGGCAAAUAAAGGAUAUAGCAAAGUGGUUCUUCAGAAAAAAGUCAAGGCCAUUGUAAAAUUCUUAAUUUUCCGAAAGGUAAAGACGUCUUCCUACCUUUACGAUGAAAACAAUACGUUCAAUUGGUUUUCUUACAAACAAAAAAUUAGUGUUGUACUUAACAACGAGAUCAGUCCAAAAGAAAAUUUUUUAACGAUUAAAAAUAAUUUAAAGGAUUAUUGUGAAAAAAAUAUUAUGAAUUGUAUUUUUUAUAAAAGAAAAAAUGAAUGUACAAAUAAUGUGAAGAAUUUAACAAAUUAUACAAAUAAGGAACCUAGGUUUUACGAAACGUUUAUGUACUAUACUUGUAUCAGCGAUCUCUGUACCAAAUUCUAUUGGUUGCUCUGGUAUGGAUGGCUGGCGAUUUGUAUGUAUUAUUGCUGUAAGCAUUUUUUGCCUGACGUUCUUAGGUGUUGUAUAUCAAUUAAUCAGUAAAAAACAACACUAUGAUAGUUUUAUUUGCAUAUAAAUUAAGCGCGAAUUCUGUAUUAUUCUGUUCAAAUUGUUAUCUACAUAUAUUGCCUUUUCCAUAUACAUGCAUGAAUGCCACAUACAUGAUAUUAAUCUAAUCGAUACAUUUAUCAUUUAUAAGAUCGGUAAAUCUAUUUAACUUAGCCGAUUAUUUGAUAGAAAAACGUAUUCCGUAAUGCGUUAAGCAAGUUAACGAUAGCAAGUUAAAAUAUGGCAAAUAAUAUAAUCUAUAUAUAUGUUACGUGAUUUAUUUAACAGAAGCAUUUUAUUUUACUUAUUUCUGCUUAUAAACUUUUAUUUCUAAUUAUAAAAUGUGAAAUAUUUAUCGAAGUAAUAACGUAGCUGAAUUCAGCUGGCACUGUUUUCAAUACUGUGAUAUCAAAUGUUCUGUAUUUUUUAUUUCUGCGAUAUACCCAGAAAAACUAUGUAUAAUCGAGCUUGAGCCCUCUCUCAGUUUAGUAAUUAUAUACGUCUCCUAAAUAUAAGCACGUAUUUUUACCGUACGGGAAUUUAUAAUUAUGUUUAGCUAUAUCAUAGUUAUAGUAGUAUAUAUAUAGAAUAUAAGAUAUUUCUAUUAAUAAAACUUUCAAUGCUAGAUAUGAGUUUAAACGUGUUCAACUGAGAAGUGUUCCUGCUGAAGUAUUUAAACACUUAUUGUUCAUUCAUACGCUUUCAUAAUAAGCUUAUUCACGUAAGCUCAGGCGUAUUGUUCAACAACAAAACAGAAAAUAUCGAUAAUGUUUCUGUUUGUACCAUUGCUGCACAUUUGGAUAAGAAUGAAAAACAAGCGUAAAAGGACGACGAUGAUCGAUUUUAAAUUAAAUUAAACGUUAUGAACACCUGAAGUAUUUCAAUGUUCGCAUACUGAAAAAAUAUAUAUUCAUACGGCCCGUUUCUCGUAACGAAUUUAUCGAAGUCGCAACACUACGCUUCAAAUUACAAAUACAUAGAAAAAUUUCUCUAUACGACACAUAAGAUUUAUUAUGCAAGGUCGCGCACACAUCAGAGACUGCGAAACGCAUGCGCAGAAAAAUCUCGUAGAACAGGACAGUACACUUUUAGGGGUCCACAAGAUAAAAUUCUUUUUUAUAUGUAUAUCUAUGUAUUUCUAGCUAUAAAAUUUGUAACCUUUGCGUGAAUUGCGUGAAUAUCUCAAAUGCAACAAAAUAUUAGCACCUGAAAAAUAGAAUGCAGAUUAAGAUACAUUAAUUAUACAUAUUUUAAAAUUCAGGUGUAAAAUUUUCUCAAUCAAAGUAUACAUGACAUUUACAAAUCAAGUACAGUAUAGAAGGAUGAGAUAUUUUAAUUUACAUCAGUAUAUUAAUAUUAGAAGAAAAAAUUUUAUGCUGACUAUUAGCUAGUAACGUGUAAGUUGUAACAAGAAAUAUAUGAUAUUAAGAGAAAUAUAUUCUGUUUUCAACGAAGGUUUUCGAAUAAUUUAACCACGAUUUAUUUUUAAAAUAUAUAAAACAAAACGAAACAAACAUAAAUGAAACAAUAAAUUACGCUUCAUCCUUCGAUAUACGGGUAUACGGGUCUGCCUCCGGAGAAGGGGACAGGGCACAAGGGUUAAUGUAGGAUAUUUAUAAAAGGUGCUGAGCUAAUUUACCGGCAUUGUGCUGCCGGCACUACUUUCCGACGGUGUAUCGAAUAGCAAAAUAUAAUACCAGUGUUAAAUACGUACCCUGUGUUUUAAGUAAAAAAGUUUGUAUAAGACAUCAAAAAUAAUCAAAAUGGUUCUAAACGUACCGAUGAUAAAAUUCUACAAUGGCAACGAAGUGCCGUCAUUCGGACUUGGUACAUGG